GCGGAGCACAUGGUCCGGGAUCCUCGACUCUUAAAGUCACAGAGCUCUUGCUCAGACGCCCCGGUUUGGCCUCCCAACCCCCUGUCCCUCUGAGCGCGGCACAAAGGAGUGAAAUGGGGACCAGGGAGGCCCCUCUCGGGGUGGGUGUCCACACCUUGGCAUCCCAUCCUCUGGGAGGGGUAGCUGAAGAAGCUUCUCAGAGCCCCGCAGCCUGUACCUGGCCUUCGUAGAGGAGGGACUGCUACUGGUUUCCUACCCCGCUAAUGUGAGCACCUGGAUUCUUGCAUCUGUGUCCCCUGGUUUCAUUUGGGCUCUCUGGGAAGGAGAGAUUUCCAUCGCCGUUUUACAGUUGUGGCAACUGAGGUUUAAAGAAGCGAUUUCCUUGAGCAAGGUCACCCAGGGAGUCCUGGCUGGGCAAGCAAGGAUUCCUGGUUCCAAGGCUGGCGGCCCUGGCCUGCCUGUUUUGGGGGGCGUGUGGGGGAGAAGGAAAGGGACUUCUUAUCCUGCUUAUUUAACUCAUGCUUUCAAGCUGACUUGCUUAUCUGCAAAACAGUACCUGUGCCCAAGUGACAUGAAAUGGAAGGAACUUCCUAGAUCUAGGUGGAGGUAGCUGCUGGGCCUUGAGAAGUCCCGGGAGGGCAUGGAUGCAAGGUGCAGUACCUGCUUCCAGGCAAGAUUGGAUUUAGGGAUGGGACCCUUAAGAUCCAUUUACACAGACCUCAUUGAGGAGACAGACAGAAGAGUGGGAAAAGGCCGAGCAGUUAGGGGGUGGCCACCCUUGCUGUUUGACCUUGAGCAAGUUGCUCUCUAACUCUGAGCCUCCCUUGCUUCUCUUUCUCUCCACAAUAGGGCAAGUCAUGGUGCCUUCAAGAAAGCUCUCCUGAUCUCCUUUAGAGCCUGGAAUUUAGAGUUGGAAUGAGGCAGUUCUUGGGGAUACUGAUGCUAGUGAGAGAGUUGGGUUGGAGGAAUCUGGGGGCCCGGGGGCCCAGCCAUGACCAAUUUUGUUCUCUCUGGCUUUGUAGCCUAGAGCAAGUUACUUCCUUUCUUUGGGUCCUCAACUGUGAAGUGAAUGUGUCCCCUCUUUGCCACCUCUGUUCCUAGUAAGACUUUGGGAAUCAGAGGCCUCUCCCUUGCCAGCUGGGGUAUUCCCUAGGGAGGCAUAUUUCCCAGCUACCUCCUGUAGAGCUUGAAGUGGCUCCUGAUUUCUGCUUGUAGUGCGGUGUUGGAGGUCAGCCUCUCUUAUUUUCUAACAGUGAUUGAUCACACCUAAGCUUUAGAGACCACUCUUACCAGGGUCUGUGAGUCACUCUUGGCAGUCCACUGGAAGGUGGUCAUUGGGUUGUUCCCACCUCAGAGAUAAGCUGAGGCUCACAGAGGGGAAGUGAUGUGUCCAGGACUCUAGCCAGAAGUCAGGGUGUCAUGUGUGAGAAUGCGAGGGUCAACCCUGUCAUCUUUGGCACCAUUGUCCACAGCUGGAGCCCCUUCUGUCUGCUGUUUUGGGUUCUCAGUUCCUUACUACUUCCCUUUCCUGAGGAAUGAGUAUCUUUGAGGGGCUGGCCACAGAACAGAUUCCCAUUGGCCUGGGCCUCUGUGGGGUCCACACCCCUGAGCCUUGAUGUUGCCCAGACUUUAGCAAGACAUCCUCACACAAGAGAGCAGUUGAGACCACUACCUGGGUUAUGUCCCAGUGCAUUUACAAUUCCAGCUGACUGGCCUUGGACAUCACCUCUGAGCCUCACUGUCUCUACUUCCGAGGGUUGCUAUAAGGACUCAUCGAGAUAGCAUGUGGGAAGUAUUGUAGUUAUUGUUAAUAUUCUUCAUCAUUAGGACUGUAGGUUCCCAGUAUCUCUGAGGUCAGUUAGAGCAGAAGUUCUCAAACCUAACUAUGCUGUAGAAACUCCUGGAGAAUUUGGUAAAAAAAAAAUCUAGGUGCCCUUGUUCCCCAACCCUGUAAAGAUUCUGAUCCAGGAAGUCUGGGCUUGGCCAGGGGUCUGUUGUUUCAGUUAUUUGUGGAGGUUUCCUCUGGUCUCUCUUGGCCUUUGUUUGCUAGGCUGGAUUGUCAGCAGGAAUCGGGGAGACUGUAUUUUCACACAUGUAUAUGGAUGUGCACUUGGCCCAUACCAGGGAUCACAAACCCAGUUACCUAUAGUGGGCAGGUGGAGAGUGGUGCUCGGGUGGCUCAUGCUCCAAGGGGGCCAAGCAGAAAUGAGGGCCCAGUGGAGCCAGGUUUGUAUAUAGUUAUCCAAUUUUGAAUCAUUGGCACUAACUUCACUACUUAAAGCUGCAUAUCAAGGGUGUGUAGGAAUUUUGUCAGAUGGAGAAGGUGCAGUGGGGGCCUCCCUAUGGUAGAAACAGCAGAGACCUUCAGCUUUGGGGGCAUGACAGGUUUUAGAGCUUUCCUUGCUGGGACCUCAUCCCAACCUCUGAACUUAAUGAAUGAUCCCCACAACUUGCCCCACCUGGACCCCCAGCUCUCAGGGAGGGAGGAGACCUACCACGCCCUAUUCCUGCUCAACUUCCUCCCUUAGGUUCUGGCUUCCCCUUUUUUCUCAGUAAGCCCCACCUUUCACAUGGGGCCCCCACAGCAAAGUCCUGGCUUUAUUCCAGACAGACCUACCUGACCAAGGGUUGUGAGCCCUGGCCCAGCCCCUCCACCCCUCUGCCACCCCUGAUGCGACCAUGGGCUCUGGCAGUGACUAGGUGGCCACCUUCCACCCCUGUGGGUCAGCGGCAAUUGUCUGCAGGACCCAGCAGCACCCCGACCCAGCUCUGGGGAAGCCCUGGCCGUGAGGGCCGCCUGCCUGCCCAGGAUGAGCGCUUACCCUCCCAGCAGCCUCUGCCCCGACCACCAUACCUCCUUGUAGAGGAGCGCCGAGCCUCGGCUCCUGCCGGCGGGAGCCCCCGAAUGCUGCACCCAGCCUCCCAACAGAGCCCGUUCAUGGUUGAUCUCCACGAGCAGGUACACCAGGGACCUGUCCCUCUGCCCUACACAGUCACUACAGUGACGACCCAAGGCUUCCCCUUGCCUUCAGGCCAGCACAUCCCUGGCUGCAGUGCCCAACAGCUCCCAGCAUGCUCCGUGAUGUUCAGUGGGCAGCACUACCCGCUGUGCUGCCUUCCGCCCCCGCAGCUGAUCCAGGCGUGUACUAUGCAGCAACUCCCUGUGCCCUAUCAGGCCUAUCCCCACCUCAUCUCCAGUGACCACUACAUCCUGCACCCCCCGCCACCAGCCCCACACCCCCAGCCUGCCCACAUGGCACCUUUGGGGCAGUUUAUAUCGCUGCAGACCCAGCACCCCCGUAUGCCCCUGCAGCGGCUGGACAACGACGUGGACCUUCGGGGGGAUCAGUACCCCCUGGGGAGCUUUACCUAUUCCACGUCUGCCCCGGGUCCGGCCCUGUCCCCAUCCGUGCCCCUGCACUACCUGCCCCACGAUCCGCUGCACCAAGAGCUGUCCUUUGGUGUGCCCUAUUCCCACAUGAUGCCACGGAGAUUGAGCACCCAGAGAUACCGCCUGCAACAGCCGCUGCCCCCGCCACCCCCACCACCGCCCCCACCACCGUAUUACCCCAGCUUCCUGCCUUAUUUCCUUUCGAUGCUGCCAAUGUCACCAACAGCAGUGGGGCCCACCAUCAGUCUGGAUCUCGAUGUGGAUGACGUGGAGAUGGAGAACUAUGAGGCCCUCCUGAGCCUGGCAGAGCGGCUAGGGGAUGCCAAGCCUCGAGGCCUCACCAAAGCGGACAUCGAGCAGCUUCCAGCCUACCGCUUUAACCCGGACAGCCAUCAGUCCGAGCAGACACUGUGUGUUGUCUGCUUCAGCGACUUCGAGGCGCGGCAGCUGCUCCGAGUUCUCCCCUGCAACCAUGAGUUCCACACCAAGUGUGUGGACAAGUGGUUGAAGGCCAACCGGACGUGUCCCAUUUGCCGGGCCGACGCCUCCGAGUUGCCCAGGGAAGUUGAGUGAGGCCCACAGCUGCCCAUGAGAACCCUGCCCGAAGCUCUGGAAAUGGGGGCGGGGAGGGAGUGGCCCAGGCCUGCCCACAUUGUUCCCACCUGUAUCUCCAGAGCUGGUGCCAGGGUCAGGCCCAAGAGAAGCCCUUGCAUUAAGCCCCUGUAUUUGCCAAGCUCCAAAGACUCCAUCCCCAGUCCACCUGCCAGCUCGCCGGCCACAGAGCUGCCUGAGUAUCCCUAAUUCAGCCUCCCUCCCAUUUGCCUCAGUUCCGUUUCCUUUUCCUGACAGCACUGGGAGCCCAGGGUCUGUUCCCACAUUGUGUCUGGUGGAGAUCCUUGGCCCCAGGAUGGGCAAAGGGGGCACAAUCCUGGAUCACUUGGUCUCUUGCACUGAAAUAGGAUGCCCUCUUCCCAGGUGGCACUGACAGGCAUGGACAGUCAGUGGUAUAAGGCCAUUUCUUGGGUCCUUUGGCCUUCACCGUAGUCAGACUCAGGCAGCCAGCCAUAUCCAGCUGGCUGUGAGGGGUGGGCCUGGCUCCCUAGGGGACCCUCACCCCAGGCACAACAUUCCAGUCACAGCCCCAGGCUGGAGGGCCUCAGAGCCAGCCAGCCUCCUGUACAGGAAGGCGACAGGCCCUGAGCCUGGAUGGCAUAUAAUCCUGAGCAGCCUGCCUGGGUCAUGCCAGGGAGAGUGACCUAUGUCCUGGUGGCCACCUCCUCCCUGGCAAUGAUGGGAUCCAAACUAAUGCCUGAUCUCCCCUCUCUCAUUUUGCAUGAACAUGAGGAGUAGCAAUUUUCCUUUAUUCAUUUGGCCCAAAAUCACGUGUAGGAUUUGGGGGUGUGGAUUUUUAAACAAUUUGUUUUCUUUUGGUUAAAUGGGGGGUAUUAGGGACCAACCAGGACUAAGUGCCCAGGGGGCAGGGAGUGGUCUGGUGGUGCCGCCUGGUCUGCAUGCAUGUGUGCGGCCAGGGCUGGCCAGGUGGCCAGCAGUCCCAAGCGAAGCUAGGCGGUCUGUGCUCAGCUGAUAACUGCCAUGCACUGUACUGCACACGUCCCCAGAGCCUACCGGGACCGUUUGCUUUUCAGGGCAUUUCUCCCUCUCCAGCCAGGGCUCAUCUCCCACCCGCCUGGGCAAGUCUCCUCCAAGGAAGUCCCAGGAGGACUGGGACCAGGGAGGGCGUGGGCCUCACCUCCAGGGGCCCCCUCCCAGCCUGAGCCCUGCCCUCCAAGGUCUGGAGGAGGCCCCUAGUAGGGUCUGGCUGAGCUUCCCUCCCUCUCCCUUCUGGUCCCUUUCCUGUCCUACCCCUAGCUGGGGUUGCUGCCCAGAACGAACCGCGUGUGGGGCCGGCACAUCCUAGCAGGCAGCCCCUGGCGCCUGCUGCCUCAGGGAUGCUCCAACCACCCUCGUUCUCCUGCAGCCGCCCUGGCUCCUGCCUCCCCUGGCCUGCCAUGGGGCCCUAUCAGCCUGGCCCCACCCCGUGGAGAACCCAAAGUCUUACUGUAUAUAACUCCAGGUGAUGUUUCUAUAUUUAUAGCAGUGUUGAAACUCCACGUGUUUUACAGAGAACCAUGCUCUCCAACCCCUCCCUCACCCACCCCAAUAAAAAGUUUUCAAAACCCUCCGGUACUUGGGGCAGGCAGAACAGGCUCUCAGAUUGUGCAGGCUGCAGCAAUGGUUCUAAUGAGCAGCCACUGAGGGGAGCAGGAGGAGAAACAACAUUUAAAAAAAUCAUUUUAAAAAAGAUUUAUAAAACAAUUAUUUAGGAUGUUUGUGAUUUGCCAACCUUGCUAUAGAUGCCAUGUUACCAAUGAUUUCCUGUGGUGGGGGCUUGUUAAUGUUUACUCUUAUUUACCAACUUCUGGCCUAGGCAUGACAGUGGGCAGCAUUCCCCAGCCUGGCUGGGCCCAGCACCUGUGUUCUGUGUUAGAAAGUUUUUAUAUAUAUAUGUAACUGCGCAUAUAUAUAUAUACACACACACACAUAUAUAUAUAUACAUAUACAUAUAUAUAUAUAUAUAUAUAUACAUAUAAAUAUAUGUAAUUUGGGGGCCCUGUUCUUGCACAUUUUACAGUUACCUCAUUUUUCCCAUGUAUGUAUUUGAGAAAAUGCUAAUAUAUAGAGAGAGAAAAAAAUGGUUCUUAAAGCUUAAAUGUGUGGUUUUUUUCCAUUCCAUUGGAUUCACAUUGGUUUGUAGCAUUUAACAUAACUAGUAUGUUGUAUUAUAUACAUGUGUAUACUGAUUGAAAUUUUUAACAGAUUUGUACUUUUUUUAAAAUGGAAGUUGCUAGUUCUGCUUGACCAAGUAGUGCAAUCAUUAUUUUUUUUAAUAUUGUUGCUGAUUUCAGAGGGAUAUUCACUAAUAAACGUAUGAUGUAUAUCACGUA